ACCUAACAUGUUGGUAAAAUUGGCUAAAAGAACAACUCAUCUUUUUCUAGCUGACAAACAACAAACGUUAGAUAGAUUCUAUAUUGGAAGGAUGUAUUUGUUAGAAAAUUACGACUAUUGGGGAUUUCUACUUGAUUCAAUAGUCACAAAUGUGGAGCGCUAUGAAACAUUCAAGAAGCAGAGUUGAAGGCACUUUAUCCCACUGCCAACCCAUGGUGAUCAAAUAUAGAGAGAAUAUAGAUCACUUGCUACUGUUUUCUCUCCAGGGCAUACAUCUCGACAAUUGGGUGCUUCAGGACCAUGGCUAAUGUGUUUCACAAUCAUGGCUAAUGUGCUGUAGAAGACCAUUACCAGGAAUGAAAAUAUUUGGAUCACAAAUAUUAUUGAUAUGAUCAUACAAUAUAAAAU